CUGGUGCAGGGGACGCUACAACGUGGGAGCAGCUCCAGUCAGUGUCCUCUUAUCCCUCGGACACACCACAGCAGCCAGAGGAGGAGAGGGAUUUGGAUCGGGAGACUUGUUGGACUAUAGGAGAACGGUGCUCCAACCAGGAUGAACUUUGCUGCCCAGUUAUUCUACUCGAGCUACUUGAGUGAGCGACUUGAGCGUUUGUACUCACCCAGGCCUGCACUUAAAGACAGCGAGGAAAAUGACCCCUUCUGGCAGAGGUGGGAAAUUACUACAUGUAGCCCCCAGGAACCUCCAGACCCAAAGCAGCUCAGCACCAUAGAGACAGAUUUACCCUCUGCCUUGAGUUCAGAGGUAGUUCCUAUCUCCCCUGCCUCAGCACUUCUUUCUUCAGUUACCUCCAUUCCUCCUCCUGAUUCACUUUCUUUGCAGCCUAUCUUGACAAACACAUCGUCAAACCUCCGAUCCCUUUCUCUUCCGCCACCUCCUGCUCCCCUUAAUCAUGAAAAGAACUCAACAAAACCGCCAACUUGUCUUUCACAUCUCCCCAAAUCCAGACCUUAUGAAUGUCCUUCCAACAAUAAUUUCCCCAAACUUCCUGCUCCUUCCAUGUCCUCAGCAGAAAUAGCCACCAUCUCCCAGUCUCCUUCCUCCUCUUCCUCAACUCUUGCUCCUCCUAGAAGAGAGCGACUCCCAACCUUGAGAGCCCUGGUAGACCUGCUCCUUCGCUUGGUUCUCUACUUUGUUCUUCUCUUCCUGCCCAGGGAGGAGUUGCGUUUGGGCCCCAGUCAGCCAGGUAGCUCUUACAAAUGCGGCCCCAUCAGUAACGGCACUGCAGGCCGCAGACCCACCCUCAUUGAACCAGAGAGACUGAAGGACUUUGGUGAAGAGGAGCUUCUCAAUGGGGAUGUGAAGGUCUAUGACACCAAGGUGGUGGGGGGUCCUGAGAUCAUGCUUAUGGAUCCCCCCAAAACCAGACGCGUUAGUGAGUUCAGGAUCAUCCCCAAACCCCAGUACCUCCGCUUUGAGGACAUCAGCGCCGCUGCCUUCAGGAUCCAGACAGAAAUACAGAAGACACCAUGCACGUACUCCAGGCUGUCCAAACAGUAUGGGAUGGAGAUUUACCUGAAGAAAGAGCACCUGCACUACACAGGCUCUGUGAAGGAGAGAGGAGUGCUGUACCUGCUCACCUGCCUCACACAGGAGCAGCAGAGGAAGGGCGUGAUUGUGGCCACUGACUGUAACUUCUCCAUGGCUGUGGCUCACCAUUCAGUGGAGCUGAAGAUCCCUGUGUUUGUUAUCAUGCCGUCAUGCUGCUCCUCGCCUCGCCUCAGGAUCUACAGAGACUACGGCGCUAUGGUCAUCUCGUAUGGCAGCACUGGGCACGACUCUCAGAACCACGCCCGUCAUCUGGCCAAAGAGAACGGAUACCUCUACCUGGAAGAAGAUGAGAACGCAGCAUACCUGGCAGGACUGGGCACUGUGGGAAUGGAGAUCUUUGAGCAAGUGCCCAAAGUGGAUGCAGUGGUCGUUCCUGCAGCAGGACAGUAUGGUCUGCUGGCUGGUACAGCUGCAGCCAUCAAACACCUCAACUCACGAAUUCUUGUCAUAGGGAUUGAACCAGAAGGCUUCCCUCUGCUGCUACAAUCUCUGAAAACUGACAGUCCAAUCAAAGACAUGCACAGCAACCCCAAUAAGAAACUCUAUGGAGAUCUUAUGGAGCGUUCCCUGGGUGUUAACACCUUCCAGCUGGCAAAGAAACUAGUAGAUAAAGUCAUCUCUGUCAGUGAGGAGGACUCUUUGGUGGCGAUGCUGCGGUUUCAGGAGUUUGAGCGCUCCACUGUGGACACAGAGGGAGCCAUGGGACUGGCUGCCAUCUUGGCUGGACAACUACCAGAACUGAGAGGCAAAAAGGUCGCUGUGGUGGUGAGCAGCGCUAACAUGGAGCUGGAGCUGGUGAGGCAGUGUGUGGACCGAGCUCUGGUGCUGGACGAUCGGGUCAGUAAGUUCUCUGUGCAGUUGGGAGAGUGGCCCGGGGACAUGGCUAAGCUGCUGGAUGUCCUGUCCAGAGAGGAUGUCAGGUUGUUGGACGUCUGCCACCGAAGACAAAGUGACAAGUCAGACCUCUUCAAGGCAAAGGUGGAGUGUGUGGUGGAGACCAGGGAUAAGACACAGAGCGCUCAGCUGCGCAAGACGCUGAGCGAGCGCUACCCUUCUAUAUGCUGGCUGGACCGGUGAUCGCAACGACAGCAUGAGCACAAACUAUAUUUCUAAUAGGAAGCUAUGAGAGAAGAGCAAACAUGUUGUGAGGACAUGUUCAUAAAAUGCGAGAAGACAUGCAAACACAUUCUGUAACAAACACUACUAUGAUAUAUGAACUCUGUUAGAGGAAUCUCAUUAAGACAGUGACUGUUAAGCAAAUCUAAGUGUAUACAAACAAGCCUUGAGACUAUAGAGCAAAUAUAUAUUCAUAUUACUUCAUUGUUUAUGCUGUUAUUGUUCUUUGACUUUGGCAAAAUGUAAUUACAGCAAAGUGGUUCCUGGCUGCAGUUGAAUAUAGCUCUUGUAGUUUGCCAUUACCCAGAGUAUGACUCAUACACUGUACACGCAGGCUUACUCCUCUCCCCUCUGAGUCCACUUCCCUAAACCACCAGCAGAAAUUAUGAUAUUUUUCAAUCCACAUUCUUUUUAAAGUGUUGUAUAUAUUUCUGUAUUUAUACUGGCUGAGGUGGUAGAGUCAGUCCAAGUCAGUGUUCUCCAAAUAAAAAUGGGCUAAUUCUACGA